AUGCACACGUUGUUCAGUGACCAGCGCCAUUACGGCCAUGGGCAGGCCGGAUACCCGUCGAACGGGCCGACGAUGGCCUCGGCGGCGGCGGCGCACCACUACACGUACGAUCAGUACUCGCGGUACGCGUACGCCGGUUCGGCUUACGCCCUGGCCGCGCCACACCAGAGCAAGGAGAUGGUGAAGCCGCCGUACUCGUACAUCGCCCUGAUCGCGAUGGCCAUCCAGAACUCGUCGGACAAGAAGAUCACACUGAACGGGAUCUACCAGUACAUCAUGGACCGGUUCCCGUACUAUCGGGACAACAAGCAGGGCUGGCAGAACUCGAUCCGCCACAACCUCAGCCUGAACGAGUGCUUCGUGAAGGUCGCUCGGGAUGACAAGAAGCCGGGCAAGGGUAGCUACUGGACGCUCGAUCCGGACUCGUACAACAUGUUCGACAACGGGUCGUUCCUGCGACGGCGCCGUCGGUUUAAGAAGAAGGACGCGCUGAAGGAGAAGGAAGAGCUGAUGAAGCGCCAAAGUUUGCUGCUGGAGGACAAGAUGGGCGAUCUGAAGCCGAUCAAGAUUAUGGCGGGCGGUGGCAUGGUGGGCCACCAUCAUCACCACCAUCACCACCAUCAUCAGGCGCUGGGGCAUCAUCAUCACCACCAGACGUUCAAGCGGGAACCGGGGCUGGAGUUGGCGGCCGCCGCCCAGUGUAUGGUGAAGGAUGGGCUGACGUCCUCGCUGCUCAACUCCUGCCACGCCGACUCGUUCGCGUCGCAGAUGAAUCACCUUUCGUCGGCGGCGGCCGUUGCGGCCGUCGGCAGUGACCACGGAUUCACCGUGGACUCGCUGAUGAACGUGUACAAUCCGAGGCUCCAUCACGCCGCCAGCUACCCGUACCACUUCAACGACGACAAUCUGAUGGGCACGACGGUGGGCGGAGGGCCCGGGGGGCAGCUGGUCGGGCGGCAUCACCACAGCGCGACGCAUCACCCGCCACCGCACGGCGGCUGGUACACGCCGGAAACGCCGCCCGAAUCGAUCGGCAACACGUCCGGCAGCUCGACCACCACCCCGACCACCCUGCCUUCGGUGACGGUCACCCCGACGGGCGGACUGGGGGGCGGUGGCGGUGGUGGAGGACUUGGACUGGGUGGCGGCGGUGGAGGUCUCUCGGUGCACGGCGGCGUCGGCGGUGGGCUAGGAUCGGGCGGCAGUAACGGUGGUGGUGGGUUCCGGGACAUGGUGUUCGAUCACCACAAUCACGGAUCGGUGGCGGCCGCCGCAGCCGCCGCCGUCGCCGUCAACUGUCAGAUGGUGGAACCGGCCGGAAGUCCCGGCGGCCACAGCCUCACGUCCGCCAGCCCGCCCAUGAACUCGGCCGCCGCAGCGGCGGCGGCAGCAGCAGCAGCGGCGGCGGCUGCAGCCGCCAGCGGCACCGGAAGUGGCCACCACCUGGGCGGCAAUCUCGGCAGCCAUCACCUUGGCCACUAUCGGUCGCACGUCGGCUACUACCAGGACUGCGGCUUGAAGUACGGAGUGUAA